UCGCGCCGGAUAAUGUGUACUGGAGUCAAUAGGAAAUAAUUUGUUUUGGUUUAAUAUUGGUAAAAUUAUUCUAAACUGAGAACACGGGCACCGUUUGCAGAGAAGUUUGGCAAUUUGUGUGCAUUAUCAUGGAUGUUUUCGUACGUUUCCACCUAUCCAGCUGCUAUUUGCAUUUUGGGAACAUGCAAGUUGUUGCAUCGAGUAACUAUUAGCAUGGCCCCCACCAUGUCUCUGCCGAGACGGGACGUGGAGGAGCUGAGGCCUUGGGUGGAACGCACCGUGAAGAAGGUGCUGGGGUUCUCUGAGCCCACUGUUGUCACGGCAGCACUGCACUGCCUGGGCAAGGGCCUGGAUAAGAGGAAGACCACAGACCAGCUGCGGCCGUUCCUGGACGAGUCGGCCGGCGGGUUCGUGGAGCGGCUGUUCGAGGCGCUGGAGGAGGGGCGCAGCUCCCGCGGCGGCAAGGGCGACGGCGAGAGGCACCGCAAGAGGGAGCUGAAGGCGCUGUGCCACGCCGACGGGCCGUUAAGCCGCCUCCCUCUGGACAGGACGUGUUUGGCGACGACGCGGACGGCGGGCGGGAGGCGCCGGCCCCGCCCGAGGGCGCGGCGAAGAAGAAGAAGCGCGCGCCGCGGUUCGAGGAGGUGGAGGAGCCCGAGGUGCUGCCGGGACCCCCCGCCGAGAGCCCGGGCAUGCUCACCAAGAUGCAGUUUGCGGUUGUUUGGCGAUGGUUUGACGGUGGCCUUGCGUUGCUCCGCAGAUCAAGCAGAUGAUGGAAGCUGCUACGCGGCAGAUCGAGGAGAGGAAGAAGCAGCUCAGCUUCUCGGCUCCGGCCCCUGUCCCUCCGAGGGUGCCUCCCCUCGCUGCCCCCCCGAUGGAGGCCCCGCCCUCUCUCCUCCCCCCCCCCGCCCAGCCGGCCCCCCAGUCCCAGUCCAUCGCCCCCUCGCAGGCCGCCACCUUCAUGAACGACGCCAUCGAGAAGGCCCGCAAGGCCGCCGAGCUCCAGGCCCGGAUCCAGUCCCAGCUGGCCCUCCGGCCCGGCCUCCUGGGGCCCGUGGGGGGCGGAGCCCACAACCUGGUGGCCCUCGCCAACCUGCACGCCAUGGGCAUCGCCCCCCCGUUGAAGCUCGGGAGGUGACGAAGCCGACCCCCCUGAUCCUGGACGAACUCGGCCGCACCGUGGACGCCAGCGGCAAGGAGGUGGAGCUCACCCACCGCACGCCCACCCUGAAAGCCAACAUCCGGGCGGCGAGGCGGGAGCAGUUUCGGCAGCAGCUGAGGGAGCGGCCGGGGGAGGACCUGGAGUCCACCUCCUACUUCGACCAGCGCGUCACCAUCGCGCCGCCGCAGCGCCCCCGCAAGGGCUUCAGGUUCCACGAGCGGGGCCGCUUCGAGAAGAUCGCCCAGCGCAUCCGCACCAAGGCUCAGCUGGAGAGGCUGCAGAUGGAGAUCGCUCAGGCCGCCAAGAAGACGGGGAUCCAGGCCUCCACCAAGCUGGCCCUCAUCGCCCCGAAGAAGGAGCUGGGGGAGGGCGAGGUGCCCGCCGUCGAGUGGUGGGACUCCUACAUCGUGGCCUCCAACGUGGAGCUCACACCAACAUCAACCUUUGAGGAUGUGGACUUCUUUGGAGUGACAAAUCUGGUGGAGCACCCUACACAAAUUAGCCCCCCAGUGGACACUGACAAACCUGUGACACUGGGGGUGUACCUCACCAAGAAGGAGCAGAAGAAACUGAGGCGACAGACGCGCCGAGAAGCCCAGAAAGAGCUGCAGGAGAAAGUGCGACUGGGACUCAUGCCGCCCCCCGAACCCAAAGUGCGCAUCUCUAAUCUGAUGCGAGUCUUGGGAACGGAGGCAGUGCAAGACCCCACCAAGGUGGAAGCCCAUGUCAGAGCACAGAUGGCCAAGAGACAGAAGGCCCACGAGGAGGCCAACGCAGCCCGCAAGCUGACCGCAGAGCAGAGGAAAGAGAAGAAGGUGAAGAAGCUGAAGGAGGACCUGAGUCAUGGAGUCCACAUUGCAGUCUACAGGAUCAGAAACCUAACGAACCCGGCCAAGAAGUUCAAAGUGGAGGCAAAUGCCAAUCAGCUGUACCUGACAGGGACAGUGGUUCUGCACAGGGACGUCAAUAUCGUGGUGGUGGAAGGAGGUCCUAAAGCCCAGAAGAAAUUUAAGAAACUGAUGCUCAGUAGAAUCAAGUGGGAAGAGCAGACCAACUCCAAAAGAGACGACCACGAAGGUUCUGACAACGAGGGCCUGAAGAAGAACAAGUGCACACUGGUGUGGGAGGGCACGGCGAAGGAGCGAAGCUUCGGGGAGAUGAAGUUCAAGCAGUGUCCCACGGAGAACAUGGCGAGAGAGCACUUCAAGAAGCACGGGACCGAGCACUACUGGGACCUGGCCCUCAGCCAGAGCGUGCUGGAGUCCACCGACGACUGAGGGGCCACUCUUUUUGGGCACCAUUGGUGGAAAAAAAAUGGUUGUGAGGAGGCGUGGCUAAAGGGAGGGUGGGUGAGGUCUUGGAGGCGGGGCUAAAGCAGCCACAGAUGCACAGAGAACCAGGACCCGAAUACCGAGUCGGUCUGUGCGGCUGGAGGCCGUUUCCGUGUUUGUACACAGCGCACUAGAAUCUAGGAGCUUUUCUUUUUUCUUUUGCUGUUGAGACUGUGACUGUUCACAUUGUGAGGAGAGUGAUGUGUGUGAGAGAGAGAUGGGUUGUACUUAAUUAUGAAUGUAUGUGUGUGUGUGCGUGCGUGCGCGCGCGUGCAUGUGAGUGCGCAUCACUCUGACGAUGUUGGUGUAUAAGUUCCUGUGUCAUUCGGGACGGUUUGGAUUCUGUGUGACUUCUGGCCUCACCUGCCUCAUGUCCUGGCUUGGCUGCAAUGUCUUGCUUAAUCUGUUAAAUGCUGUUUCCAGAACAAUACAUCGACAAAAAACAAUCCCUAGUGUUAUUUAGAGCGGUUGUCUCAUGCCACUGUCCUGAAUUUGAACCCAUUUCUGUACAUUACCGGACUAAUGGUAAAAUUGUGUCCGAAGAUCAAAUUUAAAUGCCUCACUUAAAAGAAAUGUUCGUAUUAGAGCUCAUUAUUUUUCAUAUGAAAGGUUAUCCACUACGCACAACUAGAGCUGUAAGUCUUCAUAAGAUGCUCUUCAGUUUAAACGAGCCUAUAAAGGGGACUUAAGGGCUAUCCGAGGUGUUCAUUCCAUACAGGCGCAAAGAUUAAAAGAAGGACAUUUCCAAAUUCCAGUGAGUGCAGAUGGUGUUCCCCACAAAGUGACCAGUGAAACGUGUGAGCUCAGAGCUGCUCGGGGGGAACUGAAAGACUGCUUGACUUGAGAGUAGCUCUAAAUAAAGUCCUUGACUGAACUUGCUGUGAAUGGGAAUGACACAUUCAA